GCGCCCCUCCCCCGCCCGCGCGAGUGAGCGACAAGGCCUCCAGUACUUUCCAGGAGGCUCUGGGCCUAGGAGAGAGAGGAGGAGGGAACCCGCCCGGAGCUGUGGCGCAGAAGGAAUUCCCGCUCCGUCGCGGCCUGAGGGGGAAGGGAGUGGGGGCCGCUGCCUUGGGGCUCCGUCGCGGCCUCUGUGAGGAGCAAGGGCAGAGGGGCGGCAGUUGCAGGUCGGUGACGACAGGAGGGUGAUGCCCGUGUUUAUUUUUACUCUGGCGCCUCAUCCUUUCUGGCUUCCUGCGAGGAGGAGGAGGGGCGGCGGCGGCGGCGGGCCCCGUGGUCGCUCCCUGGCCCGGCCCCUGCGGCCUUCCCCGGGCUGCUGUUACGGCCGCCGCCGCCUAUAAAGGGCCGAGGAUGCAGCUCUACAGCACCAUCGUCACUCACUACCCGGCGGCCACAGCCACAGCAGCGGCGAGCAGCGCAGCGAGCGGGCCGGCGGGCGUCGUCUUCAAGGUCUCGCCUUCGCCGGAGCCCUCGGGACAAGGUCCGGUGGGAGUCGAGAGCGACUCGGUUGCAGGAGGCGGAGGAGGAGUGACUUCGAGCGCCGUCGUCGGAGCGGGAGCAGCCGCCGCCAUGCCCGCUUUCUCCUGCCUGGAGCUGCUGCCCCCGGCGGGGCCCGGGCAGAGGAAGCCGGCGCAGCACCAGCCGGCGCCGCAGUGCUACAGCCCCGGCGCGCAGAUGAUCCGCCGCAGGCCGUUGGAAAGGGUCGUGCCCAUCCGGCUGGUGCCGCGCCCGGAGCCCGUCGUCGUGGCGGCCGAGCUGGGCCCGGCGGCGGCCGCGGCGCACGCCCACCAGUGGCUGCUGCUGGAAACCGGCGGCGGGGGCGAUGCCCGCGCGGCCGUUGCCGCCGCCGCCGCCCAGCCCGGCUUGCAGCAGGAGCCCAGCAACCAUGGCCUCCGCUUCAGCGAGCAUUGCCAGGCCAUGCAGGCGGCGGCGGCGGCUGCCGCCAGCGCCUACCCAGGCGUCGCCGUUGAGGCUCGUCCCGCCUGCCAGGCGCCCUCCGCCGCCGCCGGGGUCUUGGAGCAUGGCGGUUGCCGGCGAGAGGCCGAGCUGGAGGCCGCCGCAGAGGAGGAGAGCCCCUACCAAGUGAGCCCGACGGAGCGCUGCGAGAAGCUGGCGCUUUACCUGGCUGAGGUGGAGAAGCAGGACAAGUACCUUCGGCACAAGGACCGCUUCCGCUUCCACAUAAUCCCCGACGGCAACUGCUUGUACCGCGCCGUCUGCAAGGCCGUCAACGGGGACCAGCGGCUGCAUGGCGAGCUCCGCGAGCAGACUGUGCACUACAUCGCCGACCACCUGGACCACUUCAGCCCCAUCAUCGAGGGCGAUGUGGGCGAGUUCCUCAUCAACGCCGCCCAGGAUGGCGCCUGGGCCGGCUACCCGGAGUUGCUGGCAAUGGGACAGAUGCUGAACGUCAACAUCCACCUCACCACCGGUGGCCGGCCUGAGAGCCCCACCGUAUCCACCAUGGCCCACUACCUGGGGCCCGAGGACCCCAGCCGGCGCAGCAUCUGGCUGAGCUGGCUUAGCAACGGGCAUUACGACGCCGUGCUCGAUCGCCAGUGCCCCAAUCCAGAGUAUGAGGAAUGGUGCCGGCAGACUCAGGUGCAGCGCAGGAGGGACGAGGAGCUGGCCAAAUCCAUGGCCGUAUCUCUGUCGAAGAUGUACAUUGAGCAGAAUGCCUGCUCCUGAGAUGGGCACAGCAUCAGUUGCCUGCUGUCGUGGUGCCUUAUUGUUCUCCAUCCAGCAUUCAUGCCCUAAGCUGAGCAAGAACAUGAAGGGGAACAAACCUAGACUGAGAUUUGCAAUGAGUGCUUGUAUAUACCUUCACAUCCUGGUUAUUUACCAUUCUGUUCUUUUGUAUAUGUUUGCUCUAUUUCCAGUACGCUCUUUCUUUUCUAUAAGAGCUGGGUUUUUUUUUCCCUUUUUGCACAACAUUUGUUAACCUGUUACCUCUGACUUACCGCCAAAAAUAAGUAAGUAAGAGGUUUGUUAGGGUUUCUGUGCUAAUACAGUUUAUGGUUCAACAGUAGUUUUAUGCUGCAAUUUGAAACUUACACACAUUCUAACAAAGGGGGCAUGUGUGUUAGUUCACUGACUUCCGACUCUUUCUCAUUAAAUGAAAGCAAAGAACAUUCAGCUGCUUACAACAACAACAUGUACAGUAGUUAACUUUUAAGUGGCAAGUUUUAAAGAGAAUUGACCACUCUGCAGAGCAGGAUUUCUUCAGACAAUUGGAACAUGGCUUUUUCAAGAAUGGUACAGAGAGCAAUUGUGACUCUUCUGUGUUCAGUUGUUGACUAGUGUAAGCUAGCUUUUCAUUUUAUUGCCUGGUUAGUGCCAUCUUUUUUCUUUUUAGUAUUAUCUGGUUUAGAAUGUUAAGACAUGGAUAAAUCGCUCAAUAAGAAUGGCCUUGAUUUGUGGUCUUGCUCUUUUAAUGAAUUUACAUGCUUGCUGCCUGCCUUCUGACAGUGCACCAGCAGGUUUAUUUUAUCACAUUCUGUUCUUUAGACAUUUUCUAAUCAUUAAUAAUGGGUUUACUCUGGUAUUAUGUAAAAAUGUAUUUAUACUAAGUUUGUAUGUAUGGUUUGCUGGGUCAAACAUUCAAGGUUUUCAAGGUAAAAGCUACCCUCUUUAAUUUCCAAUUAAAAUGAAAUAGCUAGAUAUAUUUAUUCAGUAAUGGAGUUUGUACUUUUUUAUUGUGUGACUUGAAUUUAUACUGUAUUUGUAUAAUAGGAAUAUUCUUAGCUAUUCUGGAAUAAAUGUAUAGUUUUGCUUGGAUUUACAUUUGGAUUUAUGUCAGUGAGCAACAUUUGCAAAUCAGGGUGGGGUAGAGUAAAAAUGUGUGCCCUUUCAAAAUUGAGAUUGGUGGCUGCGCUGCACAAGAGGAUAAGAAAGCCCUUUCCUCUCUGUGAAGAAGGUUGCUUCCCAAAAGGCCUGGAAGCAAGAUCAUGCUUUACCUAUGAUCAAAUACAAUAAUUUAUUAAACAUUAAAAGCUUCCCUAAACAGGGCUGCCUUCAGAUGUCCUCUAAAAGUCUGGUAGUGAGCAUUAGCUUAAAUGUAGUCAUUUUCUUCCUCUGGUUCCUCCCCCCCCCCCCCCUUUGCCUGUUGACGCUUUCUGCACCAUCUUCCCUUACCAUAUUUCAUUUUGUUUCUCCUUGUUCUUGUGCUUCUUUCUUUGCAUUUAUGGUACAUACAAACAAUGGGGGGGAACCCACCUCAAACUGGGCCCCAUUUUAAGAGUAUUAAUUGAAAUUUUAAUACAUGAUCAUAUCUUAAUAUUGUAUGUAAAUUGACAAAUGUUAAUAGGCUGUAAAAUGUUUUGUGCUAGCCCUCUGAGGGGGUGGCAGGAAAUGAUCAGAAAGCUUCAUCCUGCCUGUAACUGUCAGUUACAGUUCUCUGCUAGGUGUAGAGGUGGAACAGAGCAUUGUUCAGAGGCCUGCCUCUGUUUCCAUACUGAUGAAAGCUUUCCCUCCUCUGUUGACAGCAUGGAAAUGCAGCCUGCCAAUAUUUUAGCAAGCUUUUGUGGGCUUACUUAGAAGGCUGACUUACAACUUUCUUCCAUGCAUUUGUUUAACCCAGGGGUCAGCAAACUUUUUCAGCAGGGGGCCGGUCCACUGUCCCUCAGACCUUGUGGGGGGCCGGACUAUAUUUUG